AUUAUUUUGAAAUUCUCUUCGACUAAUUAAUAAUUGUCAUUUUUUUCUUUUUAUCAAAAUCCUUAUGAUCCAGCAUGACGCGGCCCAUUAUCACCUAACUAUUUGUCAAUAAAAUUAACUUAGUGUUAUAUUUUUAAUUUCAUGUUUUAGUGUUAAACAACUUAUCGAACUGAUGACGAGAUUUGCAAGAGCUCGUGGCUCCAAGUCGUCAAACGAAAAACUACCGGAAGAAGCGACGCCAUGGUCGCAGAUGAAAGAGAAGCCGCAAAAUGUGGAAGCGAACGAAUCGAACACUGAAGUGUUCAAAGAGAGUCGUAAGCACGAUUCGUACUCAAACGUAGAGAAGUUUGACGGAUUUAGUGUUUUAAAAGAAGAUGCUGUCAAAUUACGAGUGGAAAAAUUUAAAUUGAUAAAACAAGGUAUACCCAGACAUCAGUUGAAAGCUCAUCUAAUGCCAAUGCGUCGAAGAGCUGAAAAAAAACUAGCUAGAUUAAGGCAAAAAGCAUGUUUUCAUUGUCGACAACCUGGUCAUAUGCUUAACCAAUGCCCAGAAUUGGGUACUAAUACUGCCUUAGGAGUAUGUUUUAAAUGUGGUUCAACUGAACACAAAUUGCAUGAAUGUCGUAAUGCAGGAAAUAAUAACCAACUUGAGUUUGCCAAAUGUUUUAUCUGUAAUGAAGAAGGCCAUCUCUCACGCCAGUGCCCUGAUAAUCCAAUGGGUUUGUAUCCUAAUGGAGGAGCUUGCAGAUCAUGUGGAGAUGUUACUCAUUUUGCCAAAGAUUGUCCAGAAAAGCAGAAACGUAAACGAGUUGAAGACUUACCUACGGUUGGAGUAAUGGAUAAUCGAGUGAUUGAAGAUUUAGAUGAAAGAACUCUCAAUAAACAUAAAAAAAAUAAUCCAAACACAUUUAAAAAAAGAAAAUUAGUAAUUAUGAAAUAAUUUUAUA